AUGGGGAACCCAGGAAUCAACACCGACUUGUUAAAAUAUGUUGCGCGUUCACUAGAAGAAGAGGAGGAAUUUCACUUCUUACGAUUCGAGAGGCUCCAGCGGACCAAUAUCGUUGCACAGCAGCUGGAGUUAUUCGAACUCAAGCUGAAGUUCGAGAAUGCACAAGACGUCUCAGCUGAUGACCUUGAUGAUCUCAAACACACCCUGAAAGACUAUGUCACCGCGAUCCGAGACUAUGAGUUCUUUCGCAGUCGAAAGAGCGUGGCGACGGAACACAUGAAUCAGAGAAGAUUCUUGCUGCAAGCAUUCUUCCAGCCUAGGUUUGGGAGUGGCGACGUUUUCUGGUCUCACUACGCCUAUUAUGACGAAGGAACUCCCAAAAUCGACCCUUUCCGCGCUUUCUUGAUGAGGAAAUUGCCUGUUUACUUCACGUAUUCCGAAGACGAGCGAUCAGCUCGUGGCCUGGAAUAUGAAGAGGGCAAGGAACCUAAAGAUGUCUCGUCAUUUGUCGAUCACCUCGCUCGCUUCCUGAUAGCGAUAACAGGUGGCCUGUUCCUCAUCGUCCCGAUGCUGAUCAUGGCUAUUGAAGCAUCGCCAAAGAAGAGUCUUAUCACAGUCUCGCUGGCGGUGUUCUUGUUCGCGCUUGCACUCUCAUUCGGAGUCCGAAGUUCUAACGUCGAAGCGCUUGUCUCAACAGCGACGUAUGCCGCGGUUCUGGUGGUGUUCGUGGGGACGAAUUCUGGUGAUGGAGGCACCGUGGCAGCUGCAAGUAACUCUACUAUGGCAUCGUAA